ACUUUUUACCUUCAAGUCUCUGGGGAAAGGAUUCCAGAAACCCGAGUACAGCCGCUCUAAGGUGAGCCCAUGCUUCUAGCCUGAGAAAUCCCAGUUGGAAAGCUGCUCACCCGCCUCCUCUGUGCCUGGUGGUCCUUCGCUCACCGGAGAAGAAGGGAUGGCUGUCAGCCACCUCCCAGCCCUGGUCCAGGACUUGGUGACCUUCAAGGAUGUGGCUGUGCUCUUCACCCAGGAGGAGUGGGGGCAGCUGAGCUCUGCCCAGAGGGCCUUGUACAGGGACGUGAUGCUGGAGAACUACAGCAACCUGGUCUCGCUGGGACUCUUGGGGUCCAAACCAGAUAUGUUUGUUCACCUGGAAAAAGCAGAAUGCACGUCAGAGGAUGCUCCAGAGGGCUUUGUUCUUGGAGGGAUUACAAUGACCAUGAGUAAGAAAUUUCUCAAGGCAGGCAUCCCUAAGAAAGGACCAGAUCAGUGGAUACUGAAGGAGAGAGUCGCCAGAGAGAGUCACCUGGAGUGUGCUGACCUGUUAGACUGGCAAUGCUGGGAAGGUCAGGAGGUCAGUUUGCGGCAGGUGAUCCUCACCCAACAGAACACUCCAUCAGAGCUCGGUGAACAGAAAGUCCAGGAGUCGGAGAAGGGCUGCCCAGUGAGUCCGUUAUCCGUGCAAAGUCAGAGAUCUCCAGCAAGCAAAAAAGCUUUUGAAUGCGGUGAGUGUGGAAGAGCCUUCUGUAAGAGUUCUGCCCUUAAGAAACAUCAGAAAAUUCAUACUGAAAAACUCAACACGAGUCAGAAAACACCACUUAAAGACAAGCGCUAUGAAUGUAGAGAAUGUGGGAAAGCCUUUCACCAGAGUACACACCUUAUCCAUCACCAAAGAAUUCACACCGGCGAGAAGCCGUACGAAUGUAAAGACUGUGGCAAGGCCUUCUCAGUGAGCUCUUCGCUUACCUACCACCAGAAAAUCCACACUGGAGAAAAGCCUUUUGAAUGCAACGUCUGUGGAAAAGCCUUUAUCCGGAACAUACAUCUUUCCCACCAUGAGAGAAUACAUACUGGAGAGAAACCUUUCCAGUGUGACAUUUGUGACAGAGCUUUCGUUUGCAGAGCACAUCUUACCAAACACCAGAAUAUUCACAGUGGUGAGAAACCCUAUAAAUGUAAUGAAUGCGGGAAGGCCUUCAGUCAGAGUACAAGUUUUCUUCAGCAUCAGAGAAUACACACUGGAGAGAAACCCUUUGAAUGCAGUGAGUGUGGGAAGGCCUUCAGGGUGAACUCUUCCCUGACUGAACACCAGAGAAUUCACACCGGGGAGAAACCAUAUAAAUGCAGCGAGUGUGGCAAAGCAUUCAGGGAUAAUUCAUCCUUUGCGAGACAUCGGAAAAUUCACACUGGCGAGAAACCCUGCCGGUGUGGCUUGUGUGAGAAGGCAUUCAGGGACCAGUCAGCCCUCGCCCAGCACCAGAGAGUCCACACUGGGGAAAAGCCUUUCACAUGUAACACCUGUGAGAAAGCCUUCAGCGACCAUUCAGCCCUUACCCAACAUAAGAGAAUCCACACGAGAGAAAAACCAUAUACCUGUAAAGCCUGCGGGAAAGCGUUUAUCCGAAGCACACACCUCACUCAGCACCUCAGGAUUCACACGGGAGAGAAGCCUUACAAAUGUAACAGGUGUGGGAAAGCUUUCAACCAGACUGCGAACCUCAUCCAGCAUCAGAGGCACCACACUGGAGGAAAAUGAUAUGAAUGUGGUUCCCACGGAAAUGCUGUGGGAACGAUGCCAUUAGUUAUGGGAUAUAAGAGAACGCAGAGAGAAUCACAACAAAGCCCUUUGUCAGGGCGGUUGUAUUUACUGAGAGCCAGGUUUCGCAAUGCCAUGAGUUUUGAGAAUUUUAAGAAGGGUGAAAACACCUUACUCUCUAGCACUGCCUCAGCUGAAUAAAGUACUUUUUUAUUGGCAUGAAUUACCAACUAUUAGAAUGGAAAUGAAACUUCCUCAAAAGUAUAAAUGUCAGUUAUCAAACUUACCAUUUGUUAAAAGAAUUAUAAAAUUAUAACUCUUAAGAUUGAGAAGCAAAGGAACCAAAAGGGAAGAAAAUGGUCCCAAUAUAUUUCUUCUAGAUUUUCUGAUAUAAGGAAGUUGCUGUCUUUAAUAGAACCCUUUGUCUCCCCUCAUCCACGUUCCUGGUUCCUAGUGUAAAGCAGGUGCAAGCCAGACCUGAGUCAAGAGUCAUUUAAAUUAUGCUCGAGAUCCUACUUAUGUUUCAGCCACCUUUUGUCAAAUCUCCUGGGUCUACCUGCCCACUGGCUCCUUCCCUGUGUUCUUUAGGGAAGGUUCACUUGAAUUGUGUGACACUCUCCUGACUUAGCUCCAACUCUUAUCACCAUGUUCCUUGUUAUCACCACCCUGGACCUCAUUCAUAAUGCAAAUCAGAGUUGCAAAAAUCAGCAGGGACUGUGAUUCUAGAUUUUGCACCCAAACCCAGCUUUCAGAAUUCAAGGUCUCUUUCUGGAGGCAAAAGCUCUCAAAGGUACUGUAUCACCCAGUUAGUUGUUCAAGGCCUCACUAACUGUGACCCUGGCGUGAUACCUAAAGAGGAACUUUUCCCUGAUAGCCAUUACCCUCUAGCCAUUCCAAACCAUAGUAAAGUGUCCAUAGGAGUCAGUGGCUCACUCAAAAUGAGGCUCUGAGGCCACUUACCAAAUGCUCUGACCCAUUUCCUGUUCCUGGCCAGUCCUCUGUAGCUACCGCAUUAGGGUGUAUCUGCCACAACCUUAUUAUCGAACUGUGCAUCCUGAUCCUUGCCCAGCUUUUGUCUGGAUUUCUCAGGGUAUUAAUUCUGUGCUCUGUAAAAGCACUAUGCUUAUAAUUUCUGCUUAUAUACUUGAAAGUUCAUUUCUUUUCCUCCACUAGGACAUCCCACCACUUAAAGACUACUGUCCUGACAAUGGUGAACAACAUAUUGAGCAAUUCCAUGGGUCCUGAGAGGAAAGGCAGCACCAUGGAUACUCUCU